CCGCCCCCGGGUCGGGAAGGGGCGGAGCCGGGCGGAGCCCGCCCCCCGCUGUCCCCUCUUCCCUGCUGCUCCACUGAGAAGUGCCGGCCUCAGUCUCUGCAGCCUGCAGGAAGCUGGGAGCCGGGACCCGGGGCCGGGAGUGCGGGCUGGGCUGCGUGCACGGGCUCGGCCGCCGCUGCCGAAGCCUCGGCUUGGCCAGCUGUGGACUAAUUCUAGUGCUGCUGUCAUUGCUGAGAAUAAUUUUGGAGCUCCUGCUUUGGAGUUGCCUUCAGAGCUGGCAACACGUUGACUGAAUUGCCUCUGUGAUGGCAAACCUUUUGAAGCUGGGAAACAGCCAAACACUGUGUGGAGCCAGCUGUGGUGGAGAAUCGAGGUUGUAAUAGGAAGUAUGUCCAUUAAGGUUAACCCAAAGCUUCAUAUAGCCAUGGCUUGAAUCUUGAUUUAGCUGUGAUCUUGGACAAGUUAUUCAUCUCUUUUGGCCUCAGUUUUUCUACCCUAACAUGAAGAUAUAAUGACGGUCCCUCUGCUCGUGGGCCCACAGAGGCCGUAGCAUCCUGGGUCGUGUUCUGCCCCUUUCCUGGAAGGCCCGCCCCUCACCCCUUCACAUGUGUUGCAUCCCCGUGUAGCCAUGACGACUGCCAUCCUGGAGCGUCUGAGCACCCUGUCCGUGAGUGGACAGCAUCUGCGCCGCCUGCCCAAGAUUUUGGAGGAUGGGCUGCCCAAGAUGCCCGGCACCGUCCCGGAGACCGACGUGCCCCAGCUCUUCCGGGAGCCCUACAUCCAUGCUGGGUACCGCCCCACCGGCCAUGAGUGGCGUUACUACUUCUUCAGCCUCUUUCAGAAACACAACGAGGUGGUCAACGUCUGGACCCACUUGCUGGCGGCUCUGGCCGUCCUCUUGCGGUUCUGGGCCUUUGUGGAGGCCGAGGGCCUGCCGUGGACCUCUGCCCAUGCCCUGCCCCUGCUCCUCUACGUCCUGUCCUCCAUCACUUACCUCACCUUCAGCCUCCUGGCCCACCUGCUGCAGUCCAAGUCCGAGCUCUCCCACUACACCUUCUACUUUGUGGACUACGUGGGCGUGAGCGUUUACCAGUACGGCAGUGCCUUGGUCCACUUCUUCUACACCUCCGACCAGGCCUGGUACGAGCACUUCUGGCUUUUCUUCCUGCCCGCAGCCGCCUUCUGUGGCUGGUUAUCUUGCGCCGGCUGCUGCUACGCUAAGUACCGUUACUGCAGGCCUUACCCAGUCAUGAGGAAGAUCUGUCAGGUGGUGCCGGCGGGGCUGGCCUUCAUCCUGGACAUCAGCCCUGUGGCACAUCGCGUGGUUCUGUGCCACCUGUCUGGCUGCCAGGAGCAGGCGGUCUGGUACCACUCCCUUCAGAUUGUCUUCUUCCUGGUCAGUGCCUACUUCUUCUCCUGCCCGGUUCCGGAGAAGUACUUCCCGGGUUCCUGUGACAUCGUGGGCCACGGGCAUCAGAUCUUCCACGCCUUUCUGUCUGUCUGCACACUGUCCCAGCUCGAGGCCAUCCUUCUAGACUACAAGGGGCGACAGGAGAUCUUCCUGCAGCGCCACAGCCCCCUGACCAUCUACAUGGCCUGCCUGUCCUUCUUCUUUUUGGUCACCUGCAGUGCAGCUACUGCAGCCUUCUUGAGGCAAAAAAUCAAGGCCAGACUGACCAAGAAAGAUUCUUGAGGCCGGCAGGUGGGGCGUGGUGUGGAGUUGGCCUGAUACGAUUUGGGGAAAACUUGAAUCAACAGUAGGAGCUGACUUUUUGUUUUUUAGAGCAGGCUUUUAAAUGAGUACAUAUUUCCAAGGGUGGCUAUGACUGUGGCAUUAGGAAGCCAAAGGGUCCAAGAGUUUUGCUGUUAUUGUUGUGAAUGAAAGUAUUCCUUUAUCCUCUGGGCUGUAGCCUUACGAGACACAGGAAGGGAAGGGACCUUGGCUAAGAUUCACUGGACACUGAAUUAAGAACCAUCUUCAUGCCUGAAAAUUUAGUAGAAUUCCGACUGUGGCCUCCAGGGGCAAGGCCUGGUCUAAAGGGAUAAUCCAACUGGACUGGAAAAGUUAGGAGGUGGCUGGACCACACUGUAUUGAAAUGAGCAUUCUUCUAUGAUACUGGUCUUUGGUAAUUGGGUACAUUGACCCAAGGACCCGAUUUCAUUUGGAUUUCAGAUUGUCCGGGGUGGAGAAGUCAGAAUCUUCAAGAAGAUUCCGUAAAACCCUCAGACAUGGUGAAUUACUCAGUUCAUCUGACUUCUGGUCCCUUCUCUGGCCCACUCUAGCACUGACCCUUUUCUCAGGAUGAUGUCUGACUGGCUGUUUUCUCCCAAGUGCUGUUCACUCCCAUCUGUACCUUGCAUGAUGGUAGAGAGGACGAUGAAGCAGUCAUACUUCCCGGAAAUGCUUGGAUCCAUGUGGACAUUCAGGAAACUUACUCUCAUAUAAUACUAAUGGAAACGGUAGUAGAAAGUACAGUGCCAAGAGCCAUCAGGAGGUCCAGCCAGCAAGCAUGGAUACCGUUUGGUGUCAUGGGACCCUUCUGUUUUAUACCUGUGCAUUGCAGGAUUACUUGAGAUCUAUUAGGGCUGCCUUACAUGCCAGAAGAUCUGGAGCUUUUUCCAGAGCAUCUUCUCCAGAUUUUGACCAGCAUGUUCAAAAAGCCCCUGGUAGAGUGAAUUGGUUCUAAGAGUCCCACUAGGGAUCUGAUUAUUUCAAGAGGAACUCAAGGUCCAGCCUCUUAAAUAGAUGCUGCCCCAUGAAGGACCCGCAUAACUACCCUAGUUCAGGGUCCUCGGGGAGGCAGUUGUACCUCAGCUUAGAGCAGCUUAAAUUAAUCCAGCCCCAGGACAGGCACAUGUGUGCAUUCAUGGUGGAUUGGUCCCCGAAGGCUCCUUUGGGUGAGGAUGGUGAACUGGGCACCCUGUAGGCAGAAUGUUCUGUUUAGGACAUAGCUGCCCAGCGGCUUCUAUGGGAUGGGGCGGGGCUUGCAGUUGAUGUGUUCUGGCCACGCAGCCCCCCUGAGGACUGCCUUCUGCACUGAUCCAGUGAAGGGGGCUGCAUUGGAACCCUCCCCAGAGGCUGUAUUUCCUAUCAGUGUAAGGUCUCUGUUUACUAAAAAGGGAGGUGGGUUUUCAUUCCAGUUUGAUGAACCUCCUCUCUUCCUAAUUACUUGUUGUCUUCAUAUCUUUGUUUUCUUCCUUUCUCUUGAGAGAUGUGUAGGGUUUGUGCCUUAUAAAUGGAAAUGUAUGAACUUAAUACACUUAAUACAUGGCCAUGUGGAAUUUUCAGUUUGGGGUUGUAGGGAUAAGAGAAAAAGAAUUAAUUGCCUUCCAACCCAUGGAUGAAAAAACUUCUGAAUAUCAGAAUUGCUUAUCCAUCAGAAGACUCUUUCAACCUGUAUUUUGUAGGGAAAAAUUCAACUGAGGCUUUCCUGUAAUCUUUAUAUCAAGAAAGCGAAUGUCGGGACUUCCCUGGCAGUCCAGUGGUUAAGACUCCCUGCUUCCACUGCAGGGGGUGUGGGUUCAAUCCCUGGCCAGGGAACUGAGAUGCUGCAUGCCAUGGGGUGGCCAAAAAAAAAAAAAGCCAAGCAUAUGUCUUGUCAGUUAUGUUGUUUUCCUAGAUGGAUUUCUCCUGGGAAUCCUCAAAUACCUGAACUUCUGUGCUACCCAAGUGUCCUACACGAGCUUCUGGCAUCCAGGCCAAAUUCACCGCCAAUAAAGUGAGCAACACCAAACCGGUUGAACUGAUGAACAAGGGAAUGGAAAGUUGUGUCAACACAGUGCAAGUAGAGGGUCAGUUUAAAUGGAGAUGAGAAAGUGUCUGUAAUUAUGGAUUCAGAGGCUAUCUUCUUUUAAAAAUUGGAAGGAAGGGGCUUCCCUGGUGGCGCAGUGGUUGAGAGUCCUCCUGCCGAUGCAGGGGACAUGGGUUCGUGCCCCGGUCCAGGAAGAUCCCACAUGCCGUGGAGCGGCUGGGCCCAUGAGCCAUGGCCACUGAGCCUGCGCGUCCGGAGCCUGUGCUCUGCAACGGGAGAGGCCACAACAGUGAGAGGCCCGCGUACCACAAAAAAAAAAAAAAAAAAAAAAUUGGAAGGAAGAUGUAAGGCAAGCUCUUGCAUGUAACUGUGGUGGCCAUGGAGGGCAGAGAUCUUUAGGCCAAAUGCAGGUAUUUUUUAAGGGAGAAAACACAAGGUAUAGCAGUGAUCUUCCAACGCCAUCUGCAGACCAGUGCCAGUCUGCACACUUACUGGUCUGUGACAAGAUAAGUACAGAGAGACACUAACUCUUAGAUAUGAACGUAAAAUUCAUAACAUUUUGAUUUUAAUUUAUCCAAGUAUUGGUUGGUCCCUCAAGUACCGGAAAUUAAAAAAAAUUUUUUUCACCAGAGAUAUUUGAGAAGUGUUGAGUUGAGGGACUACUAUCUGGUUAGAAAUUCCAGUAUCUCAUGAGACAUAGAGACACAGGAGAUGCAGGCGUUUUUAAAUACUCAGACUCUUGAGGGGUUAAAUACUCCUUUUAAAACAUUUUCAUUCAAACGAUUGAAUCAGUAAGGAAGAAACCUAGUUUGUUGAAAAGGAAUAAUAAGUAUUUGAUAAAGGGGAUGGUUCUUCUUAUUCCACCAAAGCCAAAAGUUGACAUCUAUUGGAAAUUCUGCUGUUAUUGCUCUCUUUUUUACGAAGGCUUUCAACCUAUUAAAAUGUAAAUGCCUCUGGGGAAAAAAAAAAAAAAACUAAACUGAACUAUUAGUCAUUUAUGUCUUGGGAAUAAAAUGGGUAUUGUAUGUGGCCCCCUACUCAGGGUAGAGAGAGGGAAUAACCGGAUGCAGCGAAUUGGGGACCUAUUUGCCUGUUUGUUUCCCUCUUGCAAGCACUUCCUGACCUUUAUUUACUAGGGAGCUAAUGUUAAUACUCUUCAGAUGUUAGGGUUUCAUCUCCCACCUUGGCUGAAAGUACCUCACUCAGUAACACUAUUCUCAGUCCUCUACCGGAAGCUUGAAAUUGUAGGCACUCAAGCCAUGGAAUGGAGGUAGUUCUUUCCUGCCUCUGUUUGCCCACCUGUUCACCAGUUGUACCCUGAUGCUUGAAAACAUUAGGUUCUUCAGUUGCCACGCUGUAGUUUCAAAUGGGUCCUCCAGAUGGUGCUCAUGUCUUACUCAGAGAAGGCAUGGCCAUUGUCCCCAAGGCCUCCGCCUAAUUUUGUUGUUCCUAGGGUUUUGCUUGAUUGCUUGGCAAAGAAAAAAUAGAACUAUUUUCUGUUUAUAUAAAUCUACUUACACAAAUGACCAUGUAACAGAUUUUGUAAAUGCAUUAUUAUACUCUCAACAGCUACCUUGUGUCUUUGACAAGGCCUAUCUUAAAGAAAGGUUUUAUCUAGACAAACGUUGCCAGAAGGAGAUCAGGACACUUCAUAGCCACCUAGAAGUAGGAAAGCAUAAAAGCUUUGAAAAAAAUCUCCAUACCCAAAAUCCCAAAAUAUUCUCCCCCUCCCCCAAAUCCCCACUUGUGAGUAGAUCAAAGUGGGCCCCCUCCCCAAAAGCUAUGGAGUUGAUUUCUCUAAGGAUUUUCAGUCUAAUUGAAUAAAUAUUUUAAUCUCAUGGACAAUAGAGUUAAAUAUUCCAAACUUUUGAAUUCAUAGACUGUAUUUUUUGAAACCUAAAAAUUAUGAACUGUACUAUUGUUAUACCAUAACAGGUACUAUGGUUAUGAAAUGUGGCACCUGUCAACCAAAGGAUUUUGUGGCCUUAACUAUUAGAUUUAAAUAGCUGUGGAGAAGGUGAUUCUACUAUCACCAUAACAGGAAGAAAACAGCAUUCUCUGGCUAGAGGCUCCACUGAUAGAAUUAUGGAUACCCCUCUUGCCCAAACCCUUUUUAUCACCAGUAGGGACCCUGGGCAGUUUGCAAAUACUUCUGUUGUCACUGCUAAUAGUUUAACCACUUUUCAGUUACUGAUUUAGCAAGUAUUUAUGAGCAUCUCUUGGCGGCAGACUCCAUGUUGGCUCUGGAGAUACCACAGUGAGGGUAAAAAACCGGGACCCUCCAUGCUAACGGAGGACCAGUGUCUUCCCACCUUGGGCCAUGAUAGGGGCCCCUCUCCAGGACUUGGUUCCAGUCACAGCCUGAGGGCCAGAUGGCCUGCCAGACCCACGGGAGGCUGGGACCUGCUUUGGGCAGCCCCUUUUCAAAAGGAUUGAGCUCUCUCCUUUCCCCUCCAGGCUGGAAACACUUCCCACUCCAGCAAGGCUGUCACCUUAGAGUCACCUCAACCCUUCUUGACACCCCUGCUGCCUCCCCAGCCCAUCUUCCUGCCCUCUAGUUGAUUUAAUCCAGUCCUGGGGAAUCCUUGACACAGCCAGACACAGAGAGAAGCCCUAUAUUUCCACAGGUUGUAUAGACUUCCCAUAAAGCCCAUCCUUUAGGGAAAGGGAUGUAGGGUUCCAACCUGAGUGCAAGCUCCUGAUUUGGUAAGUUGGAAACAGCAUGCUACAACCUUGGCUGCUUUCUUUGGGGGAAAAAAAAUCCACCUUAUCCCUUAUGGAAUUUUUUUAGAAAUAUUUAAUAUAGAAGGAAAAUCAUUGCAUUAAAGAGAAAAAUCAUUUAGAUAUUAACUUUGGGAGCAUAUCUAUCUAAGGUAAGGGCACUUCUUACCAACAUGAUUCUCAUAGGAAAUUAUGCACUGUACUUUAUUUUAUUUUAUUUUAUUGUAUGCACUGUAUUUUAGACUCUAGGAGGCCUUGGCCAAUUCAAAGGCUCCAGGAUAACAGCUCAGGUUAUAUAGAGCACUGUGCUUCCCCAAACAUUUCCACAACCAUUUGCUUUCCUAACUAGUCACGUGAGGUAAAACCAGAAAGAGCUCCAUGAAACCAGAAAACACACUAAGAAAGUAGAAUGAUUGCUUCAAAGUCACACAACUAGGAAUGUUUAAACUCAAAGUCCUUUUUCCUUCAGAUAAAUUCAGGGCCCAGCUAAUUGGAAACAGCAACACCAAAUAUUUGCAGAGUGCUUUGCAGUGUGUAAAGCACUUUUUAACGUAUUGUGUAUACUUUACCCAAUCUCAUUUUAAUUUUUGUUCCUAAAUACCUCAUGAAUAGCCAGGGUUGUAUCACUUCUUUGGGGGUGAAGAAGUACAUCG